UUUUUUUUUCCUUUUUUUUGUCUGUCUCUUCAUUCUAUUCAUUCGCUCCUUCAUAUCCUAUCAUUUUCAUUCCCAUGUCGUCACUACAAAAACAAAUAUUUCGGAAAUCUAGACUUGCUCCUCUUGAAAGUGUUUUGGAAGAUGAUGCAGCGUCGGAAAGUUCUCAGUCUUCGAGAAGAUCGUUCUGUGAUGAAGCAAAAUAUCUGCCCUCAUCGUGGCAUGAUUGUUUUGAUACUUUUGUGGACGUGAAGAUGAACUCUAUGGAAGAUGUCUUUCGCGUAUACCUUAGUAAUAUCGACCAUGCUGAUACUGUUUUCGCUGUGCAUCACGGAGCGGGACAUUCCGGCUUGUCUUUUGCGUUGCUUAGCAAACAUAUAAAGGAACUAUCAGGUGGACGAUGCGGAGUUGUGGCUCUUGAUUGCCGAGGUCAUGGUGAUACGGUUACCAAGGAUGCGUUGGAUAUAUCGUUGGAUCGGCUGAGCGACGAUUUCGCGAAUGUCGUUGGGUAUAUUCUCCAGGACACACCUCGCAAUAUCAUCCUUGUUGGUCACAGUAUGGGCGGUGCCGUUAUCGUUGAUGUUGCGCGACGAAAAAGACUAGAGAAUGUCAUUGGUGUGGUUGUCCUCGAUGUCGUAGAGGGUUCAGCGCUGGACUCUCUUCCAUCCAUGAAUCAGUUUUUAAGCACAGUACCAAAACAGUUCAACUCGGUACCGGCAGCGAUCAAAUGGAGUGUCAAGUGCUCCACCCUGAAGAAUCUUAAUUCAGCGAAAAUUUCCAUUCCACCAAUCAUCAAACCAAGUCAGGAGGACGAGAGCAAAUGGGUCUGGCGUGUUGAUUUGGCAAAAACCGAAGCUUUUUGGCAAAACUGGUACACGGGUCUUUCCGAGAAAUUCCUUUCAUGUACGGGUGCCAAACUCCUUAUCCUGGCAGGGACGGAUCGUUUGGACAAAACUUUGAUGAUUGGCCAAAUGCAAGGCAAAUUCCAAUUGAAUGUAUUUCCUGAGGCGGGUCAUUUUCUGCAUGAAGAUGUGCCAGAGCAUACAGCAGAAACGUUGAUUAGCUUUUGGGAGAGAAAUCAACGUCUCGUUUUGCCUCCUAAAGUGAGAUCCUAGAUCAUUCCAAUGUUAUCGAGGGACUUUGCCUAUUUCAACGCAAAUGAGAUUUUUUUUUGUUCCAUGGAAGGAAAAUAAAGCCAACCACUAGUUAUUCAUUAUCGCAU